AAAAGCUGAAUCUAUAGUCAAAUCCGAACCGUAUUAUGGAGAUUAUGUUAAUUAUAAUGAACGUCAAGUACUGAGACCAAUUCAACAAGUCGCGACAAGUUUAUCAAGUAAAGAUUUAUGUUACAAAGAAAAAAUACAAUUUAUUCUGAUAAAUUUAAUACAUACAAUGCCUAUUCAUCAUGUUAUAACAACUUUAACAUUAAACCAUGUUUUACCGGAAGAACUAAAGGAUAAAAAACGACAUAUCACCAAUAUGAUCAACUUAAAUUACAAUAUGCAAUAUAAAGAAUCGAAUAUCGGCUUUGUCAUCGAUAUUGGUACACUUCAAGGUGUAUUUGAUGUUCAACUGACCCCAAAUUCUAACAACGAUGUUAAUCAAAUAAUUGCGCAAUAUAGACGAUCAGUUUAUAUUGAUAAUGUUAGUCAACUAAAUAUUAUUAAUCUAUUGCCAUUUACAACGAUUUGUGUUGAAUGUAAAAAUAAGCCCGGUGUCCCACGUUUUUACAACGAAAUGACAUUGAUGAAUAUUAAUUCAUGUACAACUUGUAGCGUGUACAUGAGUUACUGUAAAACGUGUAAAAUAUCAUGUUAUCCAUGUCAUUAUGAAAAAGAAGCCGUAAAAUUAAAAUACGUAACAGCAACAUCAAUUAAGAAAUUGAAAUAUAUAUCUUGGACCGAUAUUAAUAAGGUGUACAGUCGAGAAUCCGUCAAUGGAAAUAAAUAUGUAUUGGUCAUAACCGAUCACUUGACAAAAUUUGCCGUAGCGAAGGCGUUACCUAACAAUGCAGCACAAACAACUGCCCAAACAUUUCUCGAAGAAUUCAUUUUUAACUUUGGUGUACCAAAUCGGCUCAUUACCGAUCAAGAGGUCCACUUUAAUAACGAAUUAAUGAAAAAUCUGGCAGAAUUGAUAGGUUUCGACCACAUUAAAUCAACACCGUACCAUCCACAGACGAAUGGUCAAGUCGAACGGUUCAAUGCGACAUUUCGCCCGCAACUAGCAAAGCUACAAGACGAGAAUUUGAACAGUUGGGAUGAAUAUUUACCAGCUGUUGUUUACGCAUACAAUACUGGACAACAUGCUACAACCGGGUAUUCACCAUUUCAAUUGAUGUUUGGCCGAGAACCAACAUUGCCACUAGCCCAAAAACAGCCAACGUUCACAUUGACAAAACCAAAUGACUACUGGCCCAGCAUAAUGCGGUGA